CAAUAAAAUCAGUUCGGUCCGAGCUAGACCUUUGGUCGCCAUGCUCGUGCGCCGCAUACCGUGGCCUCGAGGCCGAUGCUCCGGGCGCCGCUUCGCAGCGCUGCCGGAAGCGGUGCCAGAAGAGUCGGAGGCUGGCGGGCUGGCCGUCCCCGGAUGGGCAAAGGUGGCAGGUGGGGUCAUCGCAGUGGGGUCGCUGCUUGGGUUCCACUAUAUCAUGAUCACCCAGCGUGAGCAGAGGGAGGCAAUGUACCGCGACAAGAUCCAGACCUUGCACGACGAGGUCUUGGAUCUACGGUCGCGGCUCCGGGAGGCGGAGCGAGCCCGCUUCCGGGGCAAGCCGGCGACGCAAAGUGCCUCAUGAACCUGCCAAAGUCUGUCAAGGCUGUGCCCCGUGAGCAAGCCAGGUCAGAUAGCCGAUUAGGGAACGAGAAGAGAUUUGCUCUCAC